UGCAUUUCAAAACUUUAUAUGGUAUCAAGAGCUUUCUUUCUCCUCACAGAGUUCUGAUCCUUUUUUGUUACCCACCCACCACAAAUGGCACCCUCUGUUACCAAUUCUGAUGCAACAAGCAUCACCUCUAUUGUUCAGUUCAACCCAGUUACCCAACUUCCGAUCAAACUUGCUGGCAGCCAUAACUUCUCUCUCUGGAAGACACAAGUGUCCAUGCUCAUGAGAAGACACAAUCUCUAUGGCCAUCUAGAUGGGACUAUCCCUUCUCCUGUCCAUACCACCACCACAAACAACCAGACAAUUGCCAACCCCGAUUACGUUAAUUGGUUUCGUCAGGACCAGUUGAUCCAAAACGCUAUUUUAGCGUCAGUUGAUCCAACUCUUGCUGCCACUAUAGCUGUUGCAGCCACAGCCAAAGCGGCAUGGGAUUCCCUCCAUACUGCUUAUGCCAAUAAGUCUCAAACUCGCGUAUUCAAGAACCUUCCUGUCACGGACUAUCUCAAUCAAGUCCGUUCUCUCUGCGAUGAACUUGCGACUGCAGGAGCACCUGUCACCCAUGCUGAACUCAUUGUCAAGAUUCUCACUGGGCUUGGACCAGAAUAUCGAGAAAUCUCAGCAGCAAUUCGAGCACGUGACACACCUAUCUCGUAUGAAGAACUAUUUGAAAAGCUUAUUGACCAUGAGCUUUUUCUCAAACACAAUGCUCUGCCUCACACUUCCACCACAAUCACUGCGGCUGUUGCUCAAAAGACCAGCUCUCAAGCAAGGACCAACGCCACCCAUAACAACAAUAGGCGUCAAAAUAAUAACCAGCAACAUCGUUCUCAGCCAUGGCGCAAUCGUCGUGCCAAUCAGCAAGACAACAACUUAGUGUGCCAGUUAUGUGACCACAUUGGACACUCUGUUCGAGUUUGCCGCUCUCAGUCUCAUAAUCAUUUUCAGGCACGAGCCAACUUUGCGGGACGACAAACGCAACAACCUACUCCGUGGAUAGUUGAUACAGGGGCUACACACCAUGUUGCAUCGGAUGCCCAAAGUCUUACAAACAUUAAUGACUACAAUGGUCCAGAAGAGAUUGCUAUGGGAAAUGGUAACACCAUACCAAUUUCUUACACUGGAUCUGAGUACGGGGGCGCCGCUGGUUCAAGGACGGAGUAGAGGACGA